UAUUUUUGUGCGUUUGACAGCGUAGACUUCAUUCAUGUUUGAUUAGCCAUCCGCUCCGCGUAAAAGUGAUUUUGCAAAGUUUUGUUUUGAUUCCACUUUUCUCUAGGAAGAAAAACACUCAAAGAGUGCAGCAAAAGAAGAAAAGUGCAGUGCAUCAGUGCGCGCGUGGAAAACUGGAUGACGAGGUUUUCCAUUUUUAUUUUUAGCCCCAUUCAAUGAGGGCAGGCCAUCAGCUCUCUUGUCGUCAGAACAGUGUGAGAAGAAGUGUAGGAGCGAAAGAGAAGAGGUGUGUGUUGUGUAAACAACUUGUUUUCAUGCGAAUCGCAAGCGACCACCGACAGAGCUGCAUCGGGAGGAAAAACUCACUCAGGGGAAACAGUUUUGUCAGAAUCUUCGCGGAGAACAGAUCACUUCGGAACGUUGUGCGGAAAUCUUGCCACAGUGGUUUAACGAGUCGACCUCGAGUGCAUUCAUUAGCGUGAGAACUUUCGAUUAGGCAGUGGAGAAGAAUUGGGUGGAAAUCUAGUUUGAGGAAGCUUCAGGAAGUGAUAAAAAUGGAUAAUCUGGAUCUGUUGCUGAAUGUUCAUAGCAACUUGGAACCACCGAAACCCGAUGGAAGCACAUAUCUGAUGCGGGGAAACUAUCACUACUAUCACUAUGGCUGUGAUGGAUUUCAAGAUGUGGGCUGGGGCUGCGGCUACCGAACGCUCCAAUCAAUUUGCUCGUGGAUCAUCCAUAACAAAGACCUAGACAAGGAGGUACCAAACAUUCCAACCAUUCAGCAAACGCUAGUCGAGAUAAAGGACAAACCGGAGCGAUUUUUCGGUUCGCGCGAGUGGAUCGGCACGCUGGAAGCUAUCUACGUGAUCGACACGCUGUUCGACGUUUCGUGUAAGGUUAUUCACAUAUCGAAAAAGGACAGCAUCACCAAACACAGCGAUACGCUGAAGGACUAUUUCGAAACGUACGGGGGUCUGAUCAUGAUGGGCGGUGACAUGGAUGCAGCGUCGAAGGGCAUCGCCGGAAUUCACGUGAGUGACGAUCAGGACACGUACCUGCUGGUCAUCGAUCCGCACUUUGUGGGCAAAAUCAAAACCAAAGAGGAGCUCUACACCAAGAGCUACGUGAAGUGGCAGAAGGUGGACGAAUUCGUGGACAGCUCGUUCUACAAUCUCUGUCUUCCGAUGUUGAAGGUGAAAGAUGCUCCCUAAAACUUGCAUGCAUUCUUCUCAUAGGGGAUAGCUGUAGGGAAUAUUUAAGUAGAACUGUUAGACAUAUUGAUGGGUAAAUGCAUCACAUACCCGAAACGAUCGCACAUAUUUAAGGGAUAAUUGAAAUAUCAAGUGGAUGUACAAUGUACGAAAGAAGUAUAGAAAUGCAUUUUUGGGAACUCAUUAAAGAUACGUACGAAUAUAUUUUCGUAUUAUUGAAUCAAGAACUUGUAUAAAAGAUCGUUCAAUAAUUAUCUGUAUUUGAGUGGCACUGUACGCUGUUGCUGCCAUUCAUUGAAACACUCAAAAUUUAUUGAUCGGAACAAUUGAAUUUCAGAGUCCUAAUAAACAUUGCUUAGGAAUAGCUUUUCUUUACUCUUUGACGUUGGAAAACCCAUCUCGGGUCGGUUUCCGCUGCUGAUUCAUCAUCAGGGUUUAUUUUGUUGUUCCAGUUUUCCUCAGAGCUCUACUACCCAAGAUAUGUCACCGUUUCGAAGCCAAAGGACAGAGAAAAUUCUAACAUUAUAAUCCAGUGUGUUACAAAUUUGUCCGAUUAGAAACGUGUAUCUAUACCUGUUUCGUACAGCGACCCUGAACCAAAUAAGCUGUUAGCAAAAUGUAUCAACCAUAUCUCUCAUUAACACUACUACCUU